AUGAAUGAACCUUCGUGCUGCCUUUACAGCCUUGUCGUGGAUUUCGAAGCGGCCGGCUGGGAUUUCGUUAUUGCUCCCAAACUUUACGAUGCUCAUAUGUGCAGCGGAGAAUGCCGCUUACAUCAUGUAGGCCGAUCGGCGCACAGCAAAAUUACAUCGUCAACGACAAAAAACGCUGUAAGUGGGUGCUGCCAUCCGACAGAGUACGACCCAAUAACGCUUGUUUAUAUGACUCAGGAGAAGGAGCUAAAGAUCCGCGAAGUACCAGGCAUGAUAGCGAGACGAUGCGCAUGCGCCUGA